CACUUGUCGCUUAGCUCUAACAGUAUUUUCAUUCACAAUUCCGCAAUUCAAACAAAUCCAUAUUUCAAUUAAAAAAAAAAAAAAAACAGGUUUCCGUUUUCUUUGGGUUUGAUCAAGAGCUCAUUCAAUUUUACUUUUCCUCGUUGUCAAUGGCAUCUUCAGACACGUGGAUAAAAGAAUAUAAUGAAGCAGCGAGAAUUGCUGAUGAUAUCAAUGGCAUGAUAUCUGAAAGGAUUUCCUUGCCUGCAUCGGGACCAGAAACUCAGCGUCAUGCAUCCGCUAUAAGAAGGAAGAUUACGAUUUUAGGGACCAGACUUGAUGGAUUGCAGUCCCUUUUGUCUAGACCUACUGGGAAACCCUUAACAGAGAAGGAGAUGAAUCGCCGCAAAGACAUGGUUGCAAAUUUGAGAUCUAAAGCAAAUCAGAUGGCUUCUGCAUUCAACAUGUCAAACUUUGCCAACAGAGAGAGCUUGCUGGGGCCAGAAACUAAGCAAGAUGCCAUGAGUAGAACAGUUGGUUUGGAUAAUUCUGGUCUUGUUGGUCUUCAGCGACAAAUAAUGAAAGAGCAAGAUGAGGGUCUUGAGAAGUUGGAAGAGACAGUAAUGAGUGCAAAGCAUAUUGCAUUGGCGGUCAAUGAAGAACUUGAUCUACACACCAGACUCAUUGAUGACCUGGACCAACAUGUGGAUGUUACUGAUUCUCGCCUCCGGAGAGUGCAGAAAAACCUGGCAAUUUUGAACAAGCGCGCCAAGGGCAGUUGUUCCUGUAUGUGCAUGCUUUUGGCUGUUGUCGGAAUCGUGAUUCUGGUUGUGGCCAUAUACCUAGUUGUUAAAUAUUUGUAAUACCACCAACAGCAAACACAAUUUGUCGGGUGUGGAAUUGCUUUUCAAUUUUCAUUUAUUACUUCAAUAUGUUUGAGACUUUUUUACUUGCCCUUACCCUCUUUUCUUCAUAUCUUUUUGUUUUUUAUGUGUGCGUGUGCAAAUACUGAGAUGUUCAAAACAACUUUAUAAAUUUGCAAGUAAUUGAAGUCUUAUCAGCACCCUUUAAUUA